CAGGGGCAAAGGCAGCUCUGCUGCCAGCUUCGUCAGGCCUGACUCAGAACACCGUGCUCCCACCUGGCUGUGCUGGGCGAUGCAGCAGCCCAGCCUCCCUCCAGGCCCCCUCCCCCUGACUCCGCUCAUUUGCUGAGAACCAGAAACUGAAACAGGCAGGAUCCCGGCCCAAGUCAGGGGUGAGUCACUGCUCAGAGCAACUGCGGUGGCUGAGAAGUGGCAGCAGAGAGGCAGGAGUGAGCCUGGGCUCAGGAGGUGCAGCAGGUUCUAGGGUCCCUGUGGAGCAUGGCGAGCGGCAUGGAAGUGGUGGCCAUGGACUGUGAGAUGGUGGGGCUGGGGCCCCUCCAGGAGAGCGGCCUGGCACGCUGCAGCCUCGUGGACCUCCAGGGCAAGGUGGUCUAUGACAAGUUCAUCCGGCCCGAGGGCAAGAUCACGGACUACAGGACCCCGGUCAGUGGGGUCACGCCUCAGCUGAUGGAGAGGGCCACCCCCUUCGCCGUGGCCAGACUAGAGAUCCUGCAGCUCCUGAAGGGCAAGCUCGUGGUGGGCCAUGACCUGAAGCACGAUUUCCAGGCACUGAGGGAAGACAUGAGCAAGUACAGCAUCUAUGACACGGCGACCGACCGGCUGCUCUGGCGCGAGGCCCGGCUGGACUACUGCAAGCGCGUGUCCCUGCGGGUGCUGAGCGAGCGCCUGCUGGGGCGCAGGAUCCAGGGCAGCAGCACUGGACACAGCUCUGUGGAGGACGCCAGAGCCACCAUGGAGCUGUACCGCAUCUCCCAGCGCAUCCGAAACCGCUGAGGGCGCCCAGCACAGGACUGACCGCAGUUCCCUUCAGCUCUUCCGGGACCAGUGCCACGUCCUUUAGAGCAGCCACCCUUGUGCCUUUGGAAAAUGCUUUUUUUGUAGAAAAAUAGCUCAU